AUGGAAGAUCUCCGAACUUCGACGCUAAAGUUUUUCACUGAUCAACACCUUUGUUAUGCCGAUAUCGUUCCUCCGGCUCAGGUUCGAGCAAGAAUUGAAGUGUCAGUGCUCAGUUUCCUCAAAAUAUUGAAUGCAUCUAACCCUGCCAUCUCUGAUUUGCCUCUGAUUCAAAGAAAAUUGAGCAACAGUAGGGUGAAUCAUAGUCUGUUAACCGAGUUAUCAUAUGUUUUUCUCUCCAAUUCUGUAUCUAUAAGGUCUCUUAUGAGGCCUAAUGCAGGAAAAGCCUUUGUUAGGGUGUGGAAGGUGAUGGAGAUGUGCUAUCAGAUAUUGCUUCAGGAAAAGCGUGUCACACAGAGAGAACUCUUCUACAAACUGCUGUGUGAUUCGCCGCAUCUGUUUCCUUCUCAAAAGGAUGUCAAUAGGACAAUCCAAGAUCUUGUGGCGUUGCUUCGGUGCAGCAGAUACAGUCUUGGAAUCAUGGCAUCUAGUCGAGGACUCAUUGCUGGCCGUCUGAUUAUGCAGGAACCAGGAAAAGAGGCUGUUGAUUGCUCUGUGUGUGGAUCUUCUGGACAUACAAUUUCUGGUGACUUGAGUUUGUUAGAUAAAUUGAUUCUAAAUACAGAUGCACGGUACAUUGUCGUUGUGGAAAAGCAUGCAAUAUUUCAACGGCUUGCUGAAGAUAGGUUUUUUAAUCAAAUUCCAAGCAUUCUUAUCACUGCCAAAGGUUACCCAGAUAUGGCCACAAGAUUUCUUCUUCAUCGAAUCAGUAGAGCAUUUCCAGACUUGCCAAUUUUAGCUUUGGUGGAUUGGAAUCCAGCUGGAUUAGCUAUACUAUGCACCUUCAAAUUUGGAAGUGUAGGAAUGGGCCUAGAGUCAUAUAGAUACGCUUGCAAUGUCAAGUGGUUAGGACUGCGGGGGCAUGAUCUACCCAUGCUGCCUGAUCAAUCUUUCGUUCCAUUGAAGACAAAGGACCUACAAAUUGCUCAAAGCUUAAUGUCCUCCAAAAUCUUACAGGAAAAUUACAAGGAAGAGGUCACCUUGAUGGUUCAGAGCGGCAGGAGAGCUGAGAUUGAAGCCCUAUACUUUCAUGGAUAUGAUUAUUUGGGGAAGUACAUAGCUAAGAAAAUUGUACAGUCUGAUUAUAUAUAA